GUGGUAUGAGUAUGAGUCACAUGUAGCCAGGCCUGCGGAUUGUUCGAACGGGAGUGCUACGGUAGAAUAACCAGAGGAUAACAAGUGAGAGGGGCUGGGCCAAGAUGACGGCUUACUUGGCUGUUCCACUGAAAAAGACCUCCGAGGUUGAUUUAAUUAAACCAUUGGCCCAUGUAAUAUCUGCGUACUACUCCACAGCCGACGAACCGUCCAACUACAAUGAAGCUCUGACGGAACUGAACAAGCUUCGCAUGAACGCAACAUGGAGAACCCUCGACAAGCACGAAAGUUCGUUGGAUAUUAUGUUCAGGUAUUACGAUCAGCUCACGUCGCUCGAAUCCAAGAUUCCACCCAACGACAUACAGAUACCAUUCAAAUGGAAGGAUGCAUUUGACAAGGGUGGAUUCUUUAGUGGAACAGCCAGCUUAACACUCUCUUCUCUUAGCUAUGAAAAGCUUUGCAUCCUGUUCAACAUUGCUGCAAUGCAAUCCCAGAUCGCGGCGGGAAUGGGUGCUGACAUCAGUGAUGACGAAGGACUAAAGACUUGUGCAAAGUACUUUCAACAAGCCAGUGGAAUUUUCCAGCAGAUGAAGCACUCUGCACCCAAUGUGCAUCAUGACCUAACGCCUGACCUUGAAGCUGACACAGUGUCUGCCCUGCAAGCAUUGAUGUUGGCCCAAGCACAGGAGAGUUUUUUUCGCAAGGCAAGUGCCGAUAAAAUGAAAGACAUGAUCAUAGCAAAAGUAGCAUCACAAUGUGAAGAGCUGUAUGGUGAUGCAGCAAAGCAAAUGGGAAGAGAUUCUCUCAAGAGCAUUUGGGACAGGGAAUGGCUUCCGAUAGUGGUCAGCAAGCAGGCAGCAUUCGGCGCCAUAGCACAGUACCACCAGGCGCUGUUGUGCCACGCAAACAAGAACGUUGGCGAGGAGUUGGCGAGGCUGCAGCAUGCCAUGGAGCUGAUGAGGACCGCCGAAACCCAGGCAGGGCCGUCAUUUUCGUUCCGCGACGAGGUCAAGAAGAUCUCUCUCUUGUAUGAGGAUGUCAAGAAGGACAAUGACUUCAUCUACCACGCCCGCGUGCCUGACAUCAGGAGCCUGUCGCCCAUUGGUAAAGCCGUGCUAGCCAAGCCUCUGCCGGUCCCUGAGAAGUUCAGCACUUCCGGCCAAGAUCUUUUUGGUGCCUUGCUGCCAGUGUCUGUCAGUCAGGCCAUGCAAAAGUUUGAAGUUCGGAAGACUGAGAUUGUGAAUGGGGAGAUUGCCCGGCUAAGGCAGCAGACUCAGUACUUGAACGGGGUACUAGCGUCUCUCAACCUGCCGGCUGCCUUGGAAGACACGACAGGCACAAGCCUUCCCCCCAGCAUUCGGGAAAAGGCAGAGGCCGUCAGGGCCAAAGGUGGCAUUCAGGCCAUUCGGAAGCUGAUCAGUGACCUCCCUGUGCUGCUCGAGAGGAAUCGCGAAAUUCUCAAUGAGGGUGAGCGGCUGCUGAAGGAAGAAGAAGAGUCUGACCAACAGCUGCGGGCACAGUUUCGGGAGCGAUGGACACGCAGUUCCUCAGAGAAACUCAACGAACCCCUGCGAAACAGCCUGGCCAAGUACAAGGAGAUCAUGCGUGUAGCUACCGAGGCGGACAAGACAGUCCAGGAGAAAUUCCAGAAGCACCAGCGGCACAUCGAGCUCCUGAGUGCAUCAGAUGCUGAGCUCCAGAACGGCAUUCCUUCAGGAAACCCAACAGCGUCGAACUCCCCCUGCGUUCAGCGUUUGAGGCAGCUCAUGGAGGAAGUGGAGACCAUCAAGGCAGAACGCGAAGCCAUCGAGUCGGAUCUCAAGAGCUCCACUCUUGACAUGAAGCCAAAGUUCCUGGCUGCCCUGACUGAGGACGGCUCAAUCAACGAGCAGGCUCUCUCUGUGGAGAUGCUGGGGGAAGCAUAUGGUCCACUCACAAAACAGGUUUCAGAGAGUAUUGCGAAAGAGCAGCAAGUUGUACAAUGCAUCCAGGCUGCAAACGCCGAGUUCUGUCAGGAGAAGCAAGGAAGUGGUGGAAACAAUCGCGAAGCUGUCCUGAAGGAUCUUGCUGCCGCCCAUGACAUGUACAUGGAAUUGACGGCAAACUUGGAAGAAGGCACCAAAUUUUACAAUGACCUCACCCAAAUCCUGCUCGCCUUCCAAAACAAGAUUAGUGACUUCUGCUUUGCUCGGAAGACCGAGAAGGAAGAACUGAUGAAGCAUCUGCAGCAGUCGAUUGUCAACAAGCCUCCGCAGCAAACCCCUACACCACCGUCGCAUUAUGGUGGACCUGCAGUCAGCAAGACGCCGCCACCGCGGCCCCCUCCACCAGCGACGAGCACUGCGACAACGGGUGGCGGGGGUGCCGGGGCACCGCCCUACCCACUGCAUGGUCCUCAGGGAAUGCCCCAGCCCCAGGUGGCCUACCCGGCAUACCCACAGUACCCGGGCUACACGCCCUACCCAGCUGUGCCCAUGCCCACCGUCUACAACCCUUAUGCACAGCCGGCAUACCCUGGAGGUGGCGCCAUGCCCCAGCAGUACCAGCCGUAUCCACAGUAUCCACCGGCCCAGCACCAAUACCCUGCGUAUCCUUACCCACGGCAGCCACAGUGAAUGCAAGAUCAUUCCAGUUCUUCAGCAGCAGAGAGAAUAGAUUAGAUUGCACAAUUGUGGCUAACUUUGUAUGCUUGUUUUUCUUUACUUUGCAUGUCAUUGUUACUAAUGGAUCUGUCAUUUAUGUUUUACUUUGCAGCCAGCUUUUUAUCUGUUGUGGCCAAAGUGAGCUCUGAUAGUCGGAUUGAAAAAUCAUUUACAUGUGUCAUUGUGCACUCUAGAGUGCCUGAAAAACUUAAUUGGUUAGUUUUUUAAUGAAAGUGCUGAUAAUUGUUAGUGCCUUAAGAGGCUUUCUUUUUCAUUUUUUUACUCGCACUUUGAAGAGCUCUAUGUAUACAUCACUUUCACUUUUUGAAAGUAUUGAGUGCUGUUAAUGUGAUCAACAAUAAAAACAUCUAAUAUCAAUUUAAGGCUGUACAUUGAUUUGAAAUUGUUCUCGGUCUUGUGUUCGAGUUGUGCUUUUGUUACGUGCUAAUUCAGUGUAAUUAUGCCUUGUGAUUAAAGGAAAGCGUGCCACCAAAAA